GAUGAGUCGCCGCUUGGAUUCAACACUACUUCAGACAAUAAUAUGUGAAAACAUUGAUUCAAAAACUCAGUAUUUAUUGUCAGUAUUUCUUUGACCACUAUUUUCAUUGUUUUGAUGACAAGUUUUAAUGGAUAUUAUGUGACCAUAAAUAAGACAAUUAUCUGUUAAACAUUUGAUUCAAUUGUGUUGUCAUUUACUGUGAAUUGUAAUCAAUGGCCAAAAAUCAGACAAAAAUGAUUUCAAUAGUGAUUGUGAUUCAGUUAUUAGUGUUUUGUCAACAAAUAAUUGUUUCAAAUUCAAUACCAAUCGAUCACAAAGUGAUUGAAAACAACCAAAACAUCAAAACACAGUUUGAGUUCGCUUUGAGACAAACCAUCACUGAUUUGAAGACUAUAUUAUCGCAAAAGACAUCCAAAUUUGAUGAAUUCUUUCGGGAAUUACUAAAGACAUCGAAACGAGACUUCCAUCAAAUGUUUUUACAAACUUAUGGACUCUUAUAUGAAAAGCAUUCGUCGAUAUUCACGGAUAUGUUUAAAGACUUAGAGGACUACUACAGCAAUGGGAACGUAGACCUGACUGAAGCGUUGGAUACGUUUUUCCAUCGGUUAUACCAAAAGAUGUUUCAGGUGUUGAACAGUCAGUAUAAGUUCGACGAUAAGUACUUGAGUUGUGUCAGCAAACAUAUGGAUGAACUGAAACCCUUCGGAGAUGUGCCCAAAAAGUUAAGUCAAGAGAUAAAGCGCUCAUUCAUAGCAACGCGAACUUUCGUUCAGGCCUUGUCUAAUGGCAAAGACAUCAUCAAAAACAUUCUCGAAAUCCCAACCUCUCCUGAGUGUACAAAAGCGUUAACGAAGAUGUCGUUCUGCCCUCAAUGCCAAACAUCAAACGAAUUAAAGCCUUGCGCUAACUAUUGCCUUAAUGUCGUCAACACUUGUCUGGCCUUUCACUCAGAACUGGACAAAGAGUGGAAUAACUACAUCGACGCUCUCCUACUUUUAGCCACACGUUUGGAGACCUCAUUCAAUAUCGAAUCAGUGGUCGAUCCGAUUGACAUCAAGAUUUCCGAAGCCAUUAUGAAUUUCCAAGAGAACGGCGGCGCGGUUUCUAAUAAGCUCUUCGAGUCCUGUGGUAAACCACACAUCGAGUCUAAACGUGAGACCAGAGACGCAAACUUUGAGGAGUCGCCCAAAUUUGCUGAACAGCCAUAUGUUGCCAAUCCUACCGCUGCGACCGUAACCGGUUUGGAUCGACUCAUUCAAGACAUUAAGAAAAAGAUUAAAAAGUCCAAAGGAUUUUGGACACAAUUGCCACAAAGUAUUUGCAGCGAUAAACACGUCUCAACACUUAUAUCCGCUGAUAACAGGAACUGUUAUAACGGCUCAGACAUUACUCUUUAUGAAAUCGACAAUAAGCCGGAUAGCCAUCAAAAGAGUGGAACUGAACUUAGUUUAGAGACUACGAGACACAAUGCAAUCAUCAAUCAGCAAAACUUGACUUUAAAGUUAAUCAUUAAUAAAUUAAAUCUGGCCUAUAAUGGACAGGACGUCGAUCUCAUCGACAAUCCUGACUCAGAGAUGGAAACGGACGGCUCAGGGAGUGGUUCGGGCAGUGGUUACGGUUCUGAUGAUAAUGACUACAAUUUAGUGCAGAAUAAUGUGGUGACUGACGACAUAUACUUCAACCCAACGACUCCACGAACGCCUUAUUUUACAGUCGAAGGCGAGACAAACGACCAAAAGUCGAAGAAUUGGUCGAAGUCUCCGAAACCCAACUCUCCUUUUAUGUCAAAAGACUCUUCAUUUAAGUCAACACUUUCGCUGUCAUUAGUUUUGUGGACUCUUUUGCUGAACUCAAUCGAGUGCUUAUAUAUGAGACAAAGGCUGUGAUCAUAACAUUUAUAAUAACUUAUAUUAUAAAUAUAUUAUAGUGUUCUUCGACUUCAUUCGAGUAUUUAUUUCAUCGUUUUUACGCCAAAACAACGGAAUAUAUUCUUAAUGUCAUUAUUUUCUGGCAUUUGUUAUGCUUUUCGACCGAAGAGACAAAAAGUGCGAAAAUUGAAUUGAAUUACACAAUGAGAAGAGCUUUUGCUACGAAAAUAGUGGUGUUUUGACUGUUCUUCUGAUAUGUGAUGUUCUGAUGUGUUGAUCAGAAACGUCUCCAAACAUUGGUUUUGGAAACAAGUUUUUAAAAUGUGAUAAAAAAGAGAGACU